CCAGGUCUGGGCCCCUCUGCUCUGCCGGCGCCUGGCCUGCGGCCGCGGGGCACUUAGGCCGACGUAGCCGCACUUCAGCGUGCAGCUGAGCGCACCAGGAAGUGACUGAUGAAAGAAAAGGCUUCAGGGUAUCCGAAAACCUUAGGAACGAGAAGGAAAAUAGCAGGGCUUUUCCGUCCCACUGGCAUCCGGUUUCACUCGCCUGCCAACGCCACGAUUGUUUAUUCCAGAUAUUCAUCCACGGAACCGUUUGCUCAGACACGGCUUAAGCUUUUCAAACAAGCAGGAGCCUCCAAUGAAAGGCACCAGCAAUGUAGGCGGGGACUCCUCCCAGUGAAAACAGCUCAGGGGAAACGGACCAGCCCAUACUCAACAGGGCUUGCGAAGAGUCGGAGCCCGGAGGCAGCCGCGAAGAGGCCAUGGCCGGGUUUCACGUCCGCAGCGUCCUGGUGACCGGAUCCAAUCGGGGGAUUGGCCUGGAGAUGGUCAAGCGUUUCAUUGGGAAACCCAACCCCCCAGAGGUGAUCUUUGCCACCUGCCGGGACCCCGAGGGAGCACGCGCCCAGGAGUUAAAGAUUUUAGCUUCAAAGCAUCCAAACGUGGUGAUUCUGCAGCUAGAAGCUACGGACGCCGCGAGCAUCACGAGCGCUGCCAAGGAAGCAGAGGCCCGCCUGGGAGGAACGGGCCUAAAUCUGCUGAUAAAUAACGCGGGCGUCAUGCCGCCCAGCACGCUGGCGUCAGCCUCUGCGGAGGACAUGCUGAGCGUCUACAGCACGAACGUGGUCGGGCCGCUGCUGGUGACCCAGGCCUUCCUGCCCCUGCUGAAGAAGGCUGCCCAAGGGAGCAACCAGAAAGGGCUGAGCUGCAGCCGGGCAGCCGUCGUCAACAUCUCCACUGUCCUGGGGUCCAUUGCGAAAACGCCGGAAACCUUCUCCUUCGUGCCAGUGGUCUCCUACCGCUGCAGCAAGGCAAUGCUCCCCGCUCUGCCUAGCCCCUGGGGUUGGGGAGGAUUUGCCGUGGGCUCAGAGGAGCAGAGCUUGGUGCCCAGCGGGGCAGGCUGCUCUGCUGGCUCACGCGCCGGGGGAAUGUUGCAGGCGGACCUGACGGUGGACGAGAGCGUCAGCGGGCUGAUGAAGAUGCUGUGCAACCUCUCCGAGAAGCACCACGGCGCCCUGCUGACCUGGGAGGGGAACACCCUGCCGUGGUGAGGGCCCGACGCGCGGGCGGACGGGAGCCAGCAGCAGCCUGACAGAGCCCUCCGGCACCUCGCUGUGCACAGAUAAUAAAAACCUCUCCCUGAC